AGUGCCUGAGCCGCCUGCUUGUUUGCGAGUGGCUUUCUACCUCCCUCGCAUUUUUGUCUCCUCCUCCAGCGAGGCUCCGGCGCCCCGCACAGGGUCUGCAGCGGCCGCCGCAUCAGUGAAAGCCAAGUCGUGCCCCACACGGCAGCCCGGGGCCGCACCCUCGCUCGGUGGCUGCGCGCAAAGACGCCAGCCGCGCCACGCACCGCCUGCGUCCUGCGCCCCGGCCACAGCGCAUCCACGCCGCCGCGGCGGUCGCUCCGGAGCGGAGCCCGGCCGGCGGGCCGGGUCAGGGUGGGUAGCCCAGUUUGCAGUCGGCUGGAGCUUGCGGCCGCUGCAGCCCUAGCAGCGCGCACACCCCUAGGCAUACGCACCAAACGCCUCCUCCCUGCGCCACGAGGAUGGAGCAGCCAUCCCAACCCAGGACUGGCGCAAGGUUCUCAAGCAAGAACAGGAAUAAUGAAGAAGGCUGUGUGCUAGCUGCCUCCUUUUGAACCACCCAGGAAGGAAAUCCAGCCUGGGUGCGGUCAGAGGCAGAACCCUUGCAACACUUGGAGUGAAUGAGGAAUGGACUCGUGAUUAUGCAGAGGUUCCAGGAUGAAUCUGGUCGACCUGUGGCUGUCCCGCUCCCUCUCCAUGUGUCUCCUCCUCCAAAGCUUUGUCCUGAUGAUACUGUGUUUUCAUUCUGCCAGUAUGUGUCCCAAGGGCUGCCUUUGCUCUUCCUCUGGAGGGUUAAAUGUCACCUGUAGCAAUGCAAAUCUCAAGGAAAUACCCAAAGAUCUCCCUCCUGAAACGGUUUUGCUGUAUCUGGACUCCAAUCAGAUCACAUCCAUUCCCAAUGAGAUUUUUAAGGACCUCCAUCAACUGAGAGUUCUCAACUUGUCCAAAAACGGCAUCGAGUUUAUUGAUGAGCAUGCAUUUAAAGGAGUAGCAGAAACCCUGCAGACCCUGGACUUGUCUGACAACAGGAUUCAAAGUGUGCACAAAAAUGCCUUCAAUAAUCUGAAGGCCCGGGCUAGGAUUGCCAACAACCCGUGGCAUUGUGACUGUACUCUCCAGCAAGUUCUGAGGAGCAUGGCAUCCAAUCAUGAGACAGCACACAAUGUAAUUUGCAAGACUUCAGUGUUGGAUGAGCACGCUGGGAGGCCGUUCCUCAAUGCUGCCGAUGAUGCUGACCUUUGUAACCUCCCUAAAAAGACUACUGACUAUGCCAUGCUCGUCACCAUGUUUGGCUGGUUCACCAUGGUGAUCUCUUAUGUGGUGUACUAUGUGAGGCAGAAUCAGGAGGAUGCCCGGAGACACCUCGAAUACUUGAAAUCCCUGCCAAGCAGACAAAAGAAGGCGGAUGAACCUGAUGACAUUAGCACUGUGGUAUAGCAACCACACUGGCUGGCACUGGGAAGGGAGCUUCUGGUUGUAGUAAAAUAAGUGGUUCAGUUCUCCCUUCAUCGUACACAUUUAAAACUUUGUAUUUUAGUUUCUUUGGAAUCAUGCCACUGUUGAACUUUUCACAAAUAAUACAACACUAAUAAUUUUAGUUUAGAUGAUCCCCUCAUUAAUUGUGACCCCUGGUUCCUGAGUAACAAACUCUCUGAACAUUAGUUAGACCCAUCUCACUAUUUAAUAAUGAAAUUUAUUUUUUUAAUUUAAAACUGAAUAAAAGCUUAACUUUGAACCAUGGAAAA